UAUAGAUGAAACAUUGAAUUCAUACACGACAGAGAAAUGUUAAUUCAUCUUUCAUGAAAAGAGAAAGAAGAGAUAUUAGUAAGAUGGAGGAAAUUAUGAAUGUUGUGUAUUUAUCUUUAAUUUUGGCCAUUUUACAUGUUGAGGCAAGAAACAGUCGAUUUUCUGAUAUGGGAAAAACUCCUGAUUCAAGGUGCCAUGAAAAAAAUGAAAAUUACCUCGUAGAGUAUGUGGCAAUUGACCCAAUUGACAAAACACAGUGUACCUAUUACCGAUGUGCAGAUUCUUACUAUAAGAAAACCAGAUGCCCAAAGGGCACAUCGAUAGGCAUAAAGUAUAAGAUAAAAGGAAAGAAAGGAAUUUCACAAAGAAUGAUGCCAUGUACCAUACAAGCUGAUGCAUGUGGAGAUCCAAAUGAGGAAGCACAACGAAACAUGCUCUCAGAGAGGACAUUGAGAUUCUGUGGUAUGGAUCUGAUAUGGGUGGCUGAUAUGAGCUGUUCUAUUGCACCAGACGACAAGGAGCGUGUUAAAAAAUUCAUAAUGAACGUCAUUGAAUCAUUCCGUAUCAGCCCUAUACAUGUUAGAACUGGUGGUGUUUCUUAUGGACAUGAGGUCCACAAUAUACAAACUCUAAAAGAAGGGAGAAAUCGUCCUAUCACACUUAGGAACUUUGAAAAUAUGAAUACUGAUGACGGCAAAUGCAGAACAGUUACAAAUGACGCACUUAGAAGAGUAAGAGACAAAUAUUUCAUUGAAGCUGCUGGAGAUAGACCUCAGUUCCCAAAUGUAUUAAUAGUUAUUACUGAUGGAAAAACAAAUCAGGGAAAAAAAGAAGACAACGAUGCUUUCUCUAAAGAAACGAUUCGGCUAGCUGAGGAAAUACGUAAGAGUGGAGCCGAAACGAUUGUGGUAGGUCUAGCUCAAAAGCGGUCUGGCAAGCUGACUGGGUAUGAAGAAUGGUUAGGGAUUGCAGGUACUGAGGAGAAUAUUUACGUAAUGGAAUCAUUUGAACAAUUGGCUACAAAAGUGAAAGUUCUUGCUGAAAAGUCAUGCUGUUGUAAUGAUGCUACAGAAAAAUACAUGGUUAUCCCAAAAUUGUUCCGUCAGCCUAAUGAGGACCAGUGUGAAUAUUUAAGGUGUGUAAACUCCUAUUAUGUGCGGGAACAAUGUCCUAAAGGGUUAGCUAUUCAGGAUAGAUAUCUACAACGUAAGGAUGGACAACCUCUUCAAAAGAGUAAGAAACCCAGCGAUAAUUAUCCCUGCAGAAAACGAAGUCAGGCUUGCCGUCAAGGGAACCCUCCUAUAAGGCCAGAUCUUUCUUUCUGUGGCAUGGACCUUAUGGUGGUCAUUGAUAUGAGCUGUUCUAUCAGUGACGAAAACAAAACAACUGUCGUUAACUUUGUCCAGGACCUCAUUUCCAAAUUUGUUAUCAGUCCGCUACAUGUAAAAAUUGCAGGAAUCUCUUACGCAUCAAAAGUGAAUAACAUUCAGACAUUUAAUGAAGGUCGAAACCGACCAAUCACAAUGAGAAACUUUAAAAGGAUGACGAGGGAAGAUGGCAGGUGCCACACAGUAACAGACGACGCAUUGGAAGCUGUACGAGAUAUAUACUUCAAAGAAGUCAUGGGAGACAGACCGUUGUACAAAAAUGUACUGUUACUUUUGACUGAUGGCCAUUCCUACAAAGGGAAGAAAGUUGACAAAGAAAUGUUGUCCAAUAAAACUAUUGCUUUAGGGGCUGAACUUAGAAAGAACGGAGUCUUGACUAUCAUUGUUGGGUUGCCAAAGAAGAGAAAGGGGACUCUUGCUGGAAUGAAUGAGUGGCUCGGAAUUGCUGGAGACCCGGAAAAUAUAUUAUAUAUGAACACAUUUGAUGAACUUGAAACGAAAAUCCAGUUAAUAGCUGAGAAGUCAUGUGUGAGCUUGAAUGAAGUGUAA